GUUCCUAUUAUUUCUCCCUCUCAUUCCCAGCGCCGGGGGAUCCAAGAACAGCGCUAGGGCUAGCAGUAGAUCGAUCGCGCCACGGCUCCUGGAAGAAAUCGCGGCCUAGAAUCACAGCAGCAGCACGGAUUAAACCAUGACGAGCACUUGUGUAGAUGUAAAGGAGCUUCCUAAUUCUUACAUCUUUGUGGCCGACGUCCCCGGCCUGAAGAACACGGACGUGAAGAGGAUGAGCGUGGGUGCUACUUGCAGGUACAAGUUGAGAACGAUAGUAUUCUAAAGAUCAGUGGAGAACGGAAACGAGAUGACAAUCCCAACCAUGACAUAAAAUAUGUUAGAGUUGAACGCUCGUCCGGCAAAUUCAUGCGAAAGUUUAACCUUCCGGCCAACGCCAAUCUGGAAACCAUCUCGGCUACUUGUCUCGACGGCCUUCUCACUGUUGUUGUGCCAAAGAUCCCAGCGCCAGAGAGCCACAGGCCAAAGACUUUUGAUAUUGCAGUUGCCAACAUCAACUUCGUCUACAAGUGAUGAGCUCGCAAUCGUUCUUGUUACUUGGCGGUGGUCGUGGAGGCAGAAGUUCUCUGGUCUUUUCAUUUGCUUUUUUCUUUCCUCGGUGGAUAGCUACUUGAGGAGAAUUUGAUCCAUGGAACUUAAAACCAAAAGAAUCAACGAGCGUCCUGUUUUGGAUGUUCCGGGAUGUUUCAUCAGAGAACGAAUAAGAACCUCAGAGGUUGUCAACAAAUUGAGUGGAAAAGUCGAGCUUUAUCGAUGUAGCGCAUGGUAGUGGUGGCGGUGGUGGUGGUCGCGCUGAUCGAUAGCUAAACCAUGGUGGCCAUGUUUUGGUGGGGGGGACUAGCGGUAACUUUCUUCGGUAAAGCAUAUAAAAAGGGAGGCAGGAAGGGGGAAAGGUCUUCUCUGUGGGUCAUUAAACACGUGUGAGGUAGCAACAUAGGGACCGAAGUUUGCUGCCGAUCCAAGUUCGUCGACUACUGUGUGAUCUCUCACAUCUGGUGAGUGCUUCCUUUGCUUCGAAAGAUCGUGGUGGGGCUUUGGGUUUCCAGGAAUGGCACAGAUUUUGCUCCAUGGAACACUUCACAUCACGGUCUAUGAGGCCGCAUCAUUGGUGAACGAGAAUCGGGUCUCUGGAGCCUCUCCCAAGUUCAUGAGAAAAAUGGUCGAAGGAGUGGAGGACUCCAUUGGUAUUGGUAAAGGCGUGAGCUCUCUCUAUGCAACUAUCGACCUCGAGCGGCAGCGAGUGGGACGCACUCGCCUCAUCCGCAAGGAGCCUACUAAGCCUGUGUGGAACGAGUCCUUUCACAUCCAGUGCGCGCACAACAUUGCCAACGUCGUUGUGAGCGUCAAAGAUGACUUGGCCGUCAGCGCCUUCCUCCUCGGCCGAGCGAAAGUCCCCGUGAAGCGUAUCAUGUAUGGUGAGCUUGUUGAAGGCUGGUUCGAGCUCUACAACGACAGCGGCAAAAAACUCGGCAACUCUCGAGUCCGCCUCCGUCUCCAGUUCUUCGACAUUACCAGAGAUCCUCGCUGGGGACGCGGCCUCGUCGAUGGAACGAAGUUCCCUGGUGUUCCAUUCACGUACUUCCCGCAACGCAAAGGCUGCAAGGUCACGCUCUACCAGGACGCUCAUAUGACUGACAACUUUCUUCCGAAGAUCUAUCUCCAGGGCAACGCUGUCCGGGAGCCGACUCGCUGCUGGGAGGACAUGUACGAGGCCAUCGCAAAUGCUCAGCACUUUAUCUACAUCACCGGCUGGUCGGUCUACGCGGAGAUAGCGCUUAUCCGAGACUCAGCCAGGCCCGUCCACGGCGGUCUCAACGUUAAGCUCGGGGACCUCCUCAAGAAGAAGGCUGACCAAGGCGUAAGAGUUUUGAUGCUCGUCUGGGACGACCGGACGUCCAUGUCGGUGGUGAAGAUGGAGGGACUUAUGGCGACUCACGACCAGGAAACUCUGAACUUCUUCUACGGUUCCAAAGUCAAGUGCCUGCUCUGCCCGAGAACUCCCGACAGCGGCCUGAGCUACGUCAAAGGUUUCCAGAUCGGGACUAUGUUCACUCACCACCAGAAGACGAUCAUCGUCGACGCCCCGGGAAGAAGCCACCAGCAGCGGCGAGUCGUGAGCUUCGUUGGUGGACUGGAUCUCUGCGACGGCCGCUACGACACGCAGUUUCACUCCUUGUUCCGGACACUCGGGACUGUUCACAAGGAGGACUUCCACCAGCCAAACUACGCGGGAGCUACCAUCGACAAAGGUGGCCCGCGCGAGCCAUGGCACGACAUCCACUCCAAGCUCGAGGGGCCCGUGGCUUGGGACGUUCUCCGCAACUUUGAACAGCGGUGGCACAAGCAGGGUGACGGCAACCAGCACCUCGUCUCGCUCGGGAACCUGGAGCCGCAAUCAUCUCUAGUCGAGGACGAGCACGACGAGAACACCUGGAACGUCCAGCUCUUCCGCUCCAUCGACGGGGGAGCAGCGGCAGACUUUCCAGAGAGUCCGGAAGCAGCAGCAGCAGCGGGGCUCGUCAGUGGAAAAGACUCGACGAUCGACCGCAGCAUCCAGGACGCCUACAUCCACGCCAUCCGGCGAGCGAAGGACUACAUCUACAUCGAGAACCAGUACUUCCUCGGCAGCUCGUUUGCCUGGGAGUCGGACCACGACGCGGAGGCUCAUCACGUAAUUCCUCGCGAGCUGGCGCUCAAGAUCGUGAGCAAGAUCGAGGCUGGCGAGCGCUUCUCCGUCUACGUCGUGCUUCCGAUGUGGCCCGAGGGAGUCCCCGAGAGCGGCCAGGUGCUGGCCAUCCUCGACUGGCAGAAGAAGACGAUGCAGAUGAUGUACAAGGCCAUAGCUCAAGCUCUCGACGCACAGGGGAUCCGCGGCGUGUCCCCCCGCGACUACCUGGCCUUCUACUGCCUCGGCAACCGGGAACGCCGCCUCGGUGGAGAGUUUCUACCGCCGAGCACUCCCGACGCGAACUCGGCUGGCUACCGGAGCGCUCAGGAGAAUCGCCGGUUUAUGAUCUACGUCCACUCCAAGAUGAUGAUAGUGGACGACGAGUACAUAAUCGUUGGAUCCGCUAACAUCAACCAGCGAUCAAUGGACGGGGGGCGCGACACGGAGAUCGCCAUGGGCGCGUACCAGCCGCUCCGUACGUGGCCCACGCGCGGCCAGAUCCACGGCUUUCGUAUGUCCCUGUGGUACGAACACAUGGGCCAGCUGGACGACCUCUUCCUCCGCCCUUCCAGCCUGGAAUGCAUGCGCAAGGUCAAUCGGACGGCCGACCAGCUCUGGCACAUGUACGCCGCCGAUGAGGUGGUGGAUCUGCCCGGCCAUCUCCUCGCCUAUCCCGUCGGAAUCGCCAGCGACGGUUCCGUGGCGGAAUUGCCAGGGUGUGCCAAGUUCCUCGACACCGACGCUAAGAUCCUGGGCGUGAAGUCCGACGUUCUGCCGCCAAUCCUUACCACUUGACGCAAACCAUCAUUCGCAAUAAUGCUUGUAUCAUAUCAAACCUUUGUUCCAACUUUAUAAGAAUUUGAGCCGUGGUCAGUAAAAUAAGACUAUUACAAAUUUGACAGUGAAA